UAUUAUUAAAGAAGUGCAACAGAUCAAGACCCUUAAUUGUGUAACAUGGAUUAAAACUCAUAAUUAUGCACUAGGCAUCGGACGCGUUGCACAAUUAUUGGUGGGGUCUUUAGAGCACUUAUGUAUAGCACUAUUUUGUAAACUCCACUUUCCUCUGCUUUUCUCAACUGUGAUUCCAUUUGCAAGACGGAGGUUCCUCUGAGCAUACCGUAAGUUACAGAAAGCUCGCAAAGGCCAAAGAAAUCAGAUCUGAAGCAAUUUGAUAGGAAACCAUGGCUCUGGCAGUUGUGGGUGGAGCUUUUCUCUCUUCUGCUCUUGCUGUUCUCUUUGAUAGGUUGGCUUCCCGUGCGGUUGUUGACUUCAUUCGAGGAAAGAAGACCACCGCUGCGCUGCUCCAUAAGUUGAAGAUGAAUUUGUUAUCGGUUAAUAAGUUGCUCGAUGAUGCAGAGGAGAAGCAACUCAGAGACUCUGGAGUCAGGGAAUGGCUUGAUGACCUUAAAGAUGUUCUCUAUCGUGCCGAUGACCUGUUGGAUGAAAUCAAGACUGAAGUUCUGCGGUGCAAGAUGGAACAAGAAGAUUCUGGAAGCAGCAGCACAAAUCAGGUACUGAACUCUAGUUCCAUUUCCAUUCAUCAACUUGACAAAAGGAUACAGGAGAUUCUUGACGAAUUAGAACCUAUUGUCAACGCAAAAAAUGUGCUUGAUUUGAAAGAGGGUGUUAAGGAUAGACAACGAGCAAGACUGGCUACAACUUCUUUGGUAGUAGAGUCUAGUGUAUAUGGAAGGGAUGAAGAAAAGGAGGCCAUAUCAAGUUAUUGUUAGCGGAUGGUAUAACUGGAAAUAAGACAGAAGUGCUUCCAAUUGUGGGCAUGGGUGGGCUUGGAAAGACCACUCUUGCUCAACUCGUAUACAACGACGACAGAGUCAAGCAACAUUUUGACCAUCAGUCGUGGUUUUGUGUUUCUGAAGGAUUUGAUAUUACCAAAAUAACACAGUAUAUUUACGGGUCACUGACUUCAGAAGUUUGUAAUAUCACAGACCUAGACAUUCUUCAAGUUAAACUAAAGACGGCUUUGUCAGGGAGGAAAUUUCUCUUUGUUUUCGACGAUGUUUGGACUGUGAAGGAAGGGGAGUGGGAACUCUUGAGCCAACCCUUUGAGAGUGGAGGUCAUGGAAGUAAGAUCAUUGUCACAACACGUGAUAAAGGUGUCGCAGCCGGGAUGGAUAAAGGUGUCGCAGACUGGAUGGGUACCCUUGAAAGUCAACAUCUAAUGCCACUAUCUGAGGAAAACUGCUGGUUGCUGUUCUCAAAACAUGCCUUCAAGAAUGCAGGUGUUACUGCAGAUCUGUCGCUUGAAAUGAUUGGAAAACAGAUUGCUAAAAAGUGUAAAGCACUCCCUUUAGCUGCAAAAUCACUUGGGGGUCUUUUACGUUCUGAACCAAAUAUUGAGAAAUGGGAAGAAGUAUUGAACGUAAAAGACCCCCAAGUGAUUUUGCAAUAUCGGGGCUUCGCAAUAUUGUGCAUGUUCAAUACUUCUUCCCAUCAGUUGAGCAGCUACCCUCCCUCCAAGAGCUUGAGAUUCAAGGAUUAAUUAAUGGAGUGGGGACUAAGCCUUUUCCUAAUCUUCGUAAGCUUCGUCUGAAAUCUUGUCCCGAGGUAACCGGGCCAUUCAUGUUAGCCUGCUUCCCAAAGCUUGAAAGCCUUGAAUUCUACCAUGUGAACGUAGAAUCUCUUAAUUCCCCUUCACUCCUCUCCCUUGUCCACCUUACAAUAUCUUCAUGCCCAAAUUUUGUUUGUUUUCCCGAUGCCCAAUUUGAAGACGUUACUUGUCAUUAAAUGUCCGAAACUGAGGUCAUUGCCACAGCACAUGCACAACCUUCUCCCAUCUCUCAGAGAGUUGUCCCUAUGGGAUUGUCCAGAAUUGGAAUCAUUUCCCGAAGGGGGAUUGCCGUCCAAGUUGGAAGAAUUGCGCAUCCGGCGUUGCAAGAAACUCCUCAUUGGAAACCGUAUGCAGUGGGGUCUACCAACACUCACCUCUCUCAAAUUCUUGAGAGUCGACUUUGAGGGAUGUGAACAAGUUGUAGAUUCAUUUCCAGACGAGGGGCUGCUGCCCACCACUCUCGGAUCACUCUACAUCAACUGUAUUUCGAAGCUGGACGGCAAGGGUUUUACACAACUCACCUCUCUUGAAUGGUUGUCAAUAAGCAAUUCCCCUGAACUCCGGUGCUUGCCAGAUGAAGAGCUACCCACUUCUCUUUCUCAUCUGGACAUCGAUCAUUGUCCUUUACUAGAACAACGUUGCCAGAGAGAGACGGGGGAAGAUUGGCCCAAGAUUGCUCACAUCAAGACCAUUCAAAUCAGUUCCACAAUUAUGUGACAUGCAAUGGCUACAUGUGCUUUGUAAUUCCCUGAGAUGAUUCCACUGCUGAGUCUCUGGAUAGAAAUUUCCUGUCGAUGUUGGACAAGGUUCUGAAUUAGUAGUGCUAACGCGCGAGUACAAGACUGUGGCCAGAGGAAUGGUUGCCAAUGUAUACAGGAUUUUGUUUUCUACAAAACGAAGAAGGUAACAAAAGAGGAUGUGUGAAAAGUUUCCUGGGUGCUCUACAUUAUGUCUUUAUUGUGGACCAAUCAGAGCGUUUGCAUAAAUGAAGUAUGCAAUUGCAGGUGGCUCUAGUACUUUCAGCACCAACUUCACUGUUGCCUCUCGGUUCCCUUGUUUAUUUGGUUACUGUCCAGUUUGGAGCCUCUAAGUCAUCACUUACUGAAAAGUUCUAGUGACACAGCAAAAUGAAUCCCAAGGAUGAUGGAGGGAUCCGAUUCGGAAUGGAGGAGAUGGAAUUCUAUGAGGAAGUGAAAAUGGAAUAUGCAAAAGAGAAAUCAAGCGACAAGUCUACACUGAAGGCUGCAAUUAGGGCUUCCAAAAAAU